UCGUUAUUCGCCAAUCGACUUUGCCCGCGAAAAGUUUGACGUUUUGAGAGUUGAGAGUUUGAGACGUGUUUUUUGAUUGUUUACUUGUUUGUGUAUUUACCCAUUAAACUCAUACGCUUAUUUAGAAUUCGGUUUGAAUUUUCAAUUGAAUAUUUUUUAUUUAUUAAUAACUCUUACAAGAUACAAGAUAUGAAGUUCCGAGGCGUAAUGAUAGAUGCAGGUCCUAUGAGAGAAUUCACAAAUAUUGUGACAAUAAUAUCAAAGUUAUCAAAAGAAUGUGUGUUGAGGCUAUCUGAUGACAAGCUUUACUUCAUAGUGAGCGAGGACAAUAGCGGACCUGCACCACCUGUUCUAUGGUGUGAGAUACCACAAGACAUCUUCUUUUCAGAGUAUCAAAUGAUUGGCAUUGAUGAAGACCAUAAGGAUAUUUAUCUUGGAGUCAUGUCUGCAAAUCUAGCAAAAUCCUUAGUAACUCUGAAAUCAGCUAAGACAUUGAAAAUGAAAUUAACCAAAAAGCAGUGCCCAUGUUUAACAUUAGAAAUUGAAUUGCCAUCAUCAACAUCACAGCAAACAAGACAAGUGACGCAUGACAUACCUGUAGUGGUGGUACCAAGGAAGCUGUGGAGUGAAUUCCAUGAGCCAAGAGUAGAAGCACCUGAUAUAUCUAUUGAACUGCCAACUUUAAAACAGUUACGUACAACAAUAGACAGAAUGAGAACAAUGGCGCAAGAGGUUGUUAUCAGAGCUUCAGCUGAGGGCAGGCUCACAUUGCAAAUUAAAACUGAUAUGGCCAAAGUAUCCACGCGGUUCAAGGAUUUGAGAGUUGAAGCAUUUGAAGGACCAAUAGAUCAUUCAGACUCCGAAACAGAAACUCAAGCAAACGAAGAUAUAUCAAAAAUCUGUCACUGUAGAGUUGAUGCAAAGAAGUUUUCAAUGUUCCUCAGUGCAGAUCAGAUAUCACAUAAUAGGACUAUUUGUAGUAUCGUGCACAAGAAGCUGGUGAUACUGUGUCUACAUACGCAAGAGAAUGUGAAGUUACAGUGUUUCAUUACUGGAAUAGUCUAUUAACCACAGAUAUAAUUUGGUCUUAGGGUUAUGUUUUAUCAACCUUCGUGUUUGCCAUAAACUGGUAUUCUCGUGCUUGAUCAUUUUGGGAUUUAAUGAUAUCUGAAUUCUACCUGCCUUGGUCGUUUUUUUUUUUGUAAAUUUCCUUUAUAAUUUUAAUAUCUGCAAUCUAUCGUGAGACUAUAGUCAGAUGUGCUGCGUGAAUUAUUGGCAGUAACAGACGAGGGAGCCAUUGCUUGACCGUUCGUCAAUUGUGGAGCAUGUCAGCUGGUGAUAGGCGUUUCCCAGGUGGAGCUACUAGUAAAGAGGCUAGCAAGACGGUUGGGGUGUUUGGCUAGACGUUCUUUGUUUUUCGCAGACUCCUGCAGAUCUCAAAUACCGUUGGCAGUUUGAGAUAGUGAUGAAUCUCUUUGUUGCGUGCAAAAAAGGAAGCAUCAGUGAUUGCCAUUAUAAUUUGUUUUGGACCCUUUGGAUGUCGUGUUGGGGUUUAAGCCUUGCGCGAGCGACACGACCAAUUUGUUGUUGAGCCUCGGCGCCAACUGCCGGCCAAGCAUAUAUAUAUUUUUUAUCGGUUUCUACGCGGCCUCGUACCGGAACGUUGAAUGUCUAAGCGGCACGUCUUUGUCGGAAGGGUGGUAACUAGCUAUUGCUGAAACCUCCCACCAGU